AUGGCUGAGGUCAACGAAUCGCCGUCUCCGUCCCGCUUGCUACUCAUCAGUGUCCCACGCACGGCAUCGAAUCUCAUGCUCAAGCUCCUCAAUAUCCCUUGUCAGAAGUUGGUCACAUCCGAGAAAGGAGGUUAUUUCUUCUUCAACGCCUUUCUCAAGGUCGCCUGGAAUGACCGCCUAAGUAUACCCAUAGAAGAGCGGAAUGAAGCCGAGAAGCAGGAGAUCCGCGAUGCCUUCCAGGAAGCGGUCGAUGGUCUCGAGGACUGUUCUCAGCGAGCAGAGCAAGAGGGGAAGAUUGCAUUCGCCAAAGAGCACGCCUUCUGGAUCACUAAUCCAGCCGCGUUGGGGAAUAUGACCGAAGACGCCGCCAGCUUCCGACCGCGCAUUCCUGACAAGUACGGUCCCUCGCACACGUUCUCCCCUCUUAAUCAUACAGUUCUCCCUGACGAAUACCUGCGGACCUGGAGAUUGACCUUCAUCAUUCGUCACCCAGCCUUGGCGUUCCCAUCUCUCUGCCGCGCCAUGGAAAAGUUCCGGCAAAGCGGCCUUUUGCAGUCGGAGGACACCAUCGGGACACAGGAAACGAACUUGACCUUGAAAUGGACGCGGAUGCUUUACGACUGGUGCCUCGAGCAGCCUGACCUGCCCGGUAAGCCCCUGGUGGUAGAUGCGCAGGAUAUCAUCCACAAUCCGCAGGUGAUCGUCCGGUACUGCGAAGAGACGGGUCUCGACCCAAAUGCGUUGCAGUUUGAGUGGGAGACCAAACCGCCAACCGUGGCCUCUGAAACUGAAGCUGUAAGAGUUAAUUCCCCGAUCCAGAAAAAGACAGACUUCGAUUUUGACAAGGCUGAGGCGAUCAUGCUCUCGACCCUGUCCGCGUCCACGGGGAUCAUCAAGGACAAAACGCCGACCGCGGUAGAUGUAGAAGCCGAGUUCAAGCAGUGGAAGGAGGAAUUUGGAGAGCAAGUGGCCGCGAAGCUGGAGACGCUGGUGCGCGACGCCAUGCCCGACUAUGAAUAUCUCCGAAGUCGACGAAUUAUUGCCUGA